AUGCCUUCACUCUCCUCCUCCAUAUCAAGCAAUGACACAUCCACCAACAACUCGCCUAGAACAUCUACUAGCGCAAACUCAAACUACAAUUGCAAUUACAAUGCUCUGGAUUUAUCAUCGAAAAAAAGACAUUCAGAACCCACUCCACCUACAAAACGUUGGGAUGAUUCUCAACUAGAGAUGGAGUUAGCUGAAGAUGACCUCAUUUACAAAGGCAAGGUACGACGCAACUCGUCUCUCCGAUUCAAACAAACACUUCAGCUAUCAGAAUCCCUAAAGGAAAAGUUUCGUCAUCGACAACAACAACAGUUACAAGAAAGUAAAUUAUCUAGAUCAUUAAAAAGAGUGCGAGAUUGGCUCUUUUAA